GUGACGUCAUGUUCGAAAAAACUCUCUCCGAGCCAUCCCAAAUUGAACUUUAAACCUCAUUAUGUGAAACUUUGGCAUUGUUUAACAUUAUAACAACAUCUAUGAUGCUGCUGUGAUGCGGCUGUGAUUCGGCCGUGAUGCGGCUACCUCCGCCGAUGCCUCGUCCACUGGGAGAUGAUCACCUGACCAGACAGAUCCCAGCUAACCUUCAGCACUCUCUGUAGGACUCUCUGGAGGACAGAAGGAUUGUCUGCCUCCUCCUCGGGGACUCUCGUCUGCCCCCCCGGACCAGUUCUGCAUUGGUUUUGUGUUGUGUUGUCAUAUUUUGGAGGUAGACCGCAAUAAGGGAAGCAUGGGAGUGCAACAGGAGGAUGUGGAAAAGUUCCUGAAAGGGAAUCCGGCGUUUGCUAAAGAGUACUUCGCCAGGAAGAUGAACCAAAGCUCCAUAUCCAAGGUGUCGGCACUCCAGGAGAAGCAGGUGGACUUCAGCCAGUUUCAGGAGCUGAGCCAGGUGGAGGAGAGCCGAAUCAUGUAUGGGCUCAUCAAAGACAUGCAGGAGAACAUCAACAUGGAAAAGGUGGUCUUCAAGAUCCUCAAAAGAAUCAGCGCCCUCAUCCACGCCGACCGCUGCAGCCUGUUCAUGUACCGGCAGAGGAACGGCGUCGGCGAGCUGGCCACCCGGCUCUUCAACGUGCAGACCCAGUCCGAUCUGGACGACUGCGUGGUGCCGCCCGAUUCUGAGAUCGUGUACCCGCUGGACAUGGGGAUUGUGGGCCACGUAGCCCAGACCAAGAAAACUGUUAAUGUUAAGGACGUUAAAGAGAACCAGUACUUCAGCUCCUUUGUGGACAGCCUGACCGAGUACGAGACCAGAAAUGUCCUGGCCACGCCCAUCCUCAACGGCAAAGACCUGGUGGCCGUCAUCAUGGCGCUCAACAAGACCACAGGCCCGCAUUUCACCAGCGAAGACGAGGACCUUUUUUUAAAAUACCUGAAAAUCGCCACCUUGAACCUGAAGAUCUACCACCUGAGCUACCUGCACAACUGCGAGACACGUAAAGGACAGUUGCUGCUCUGGUCGGCCAACAAAGUCUUCGAGGAGCUGACCGACAUCGAGCGGCAGUUCCACAAGGCCUUGUACACCGUGCGCGCUUACCUCAACUGCGACCGCUACUCCGUGGGCUUACUCGACAUGACAAAGGAGAAGGAGUUCUUUGAUGUGUGGCCAGUGUUGAUGGGAGAGCAGCCACCUUACUCCGGGCCUGUGACGCCCGAUGGGAGGGAAGUCAGCUUUUACAAAGUCAUUGAUUAUAUAUUACACGGGAAGGAGGAGAUCAAAGUCAUACCCAACCCGCCCGCGGACCACUGGGCCUUGAGCAGCGGCCUGCCUACGUACGUUGCUGAAAGCGGCUUUAUUUGCAACAUCAUGAACGCGGGAGCAGACGAGACCUUUGGGUUUCAGACCGAGCCCCUGGACAGCAGCGGAUGGACCAUCAAGAACGUUCUCUCCCUGCCGAUUGUCAACAAAAAGGAGGAAAUAGUGGGCGUGGCCACCUUCUACAACAGAAAAGAUGGAAAGCCUUUCGACGAGCAAGAUGAGCAGCUCAUGGAGGCGCUGACUCAGUUCCUGGGCUGGUCGGCUUUGAACACGGACACGUACGACAAGAUGAACAAGCUGGAGAACCGCAAAGACAUCGCCCAGGACAUGGUGCUGUACCACGUCAAAUGCCGGAAUGAUGAAAUUCAAAAUAUCCUGAACACCAAGGAAGUGUACGACUGCGAACCAUGCGAGUGCGAAGAAGAGGAGCUUCUAGACAUCUUGAAAAAAGACCUGCCGCCUCUGAUAAAGAAAUUUGAGAUCUACGAGUUCCGCUUUUCGGAUUUCAACUGCACAGAGACGGAGCUGGUCAAGUGCGGCAUACAGAUGUACUACGAAGUCGGGGUGGUCAAGAAGUUCCAAAUCCCUCAGGAGGUGCUGGUCCGCUUCAUGUACUCCGUCAGUAAAGGCUACAGAAGGAUCACGUACCACAACUGGCGCCACGGCUUCAACGUGGGACAGACCAUGUUCACCUUGUUGACGACGGGGAUGCUGAAGAGGUACUACACAGACUUGGAGGUCAUGGCCAUGAUCACUGCCGGCUUCCUCCAUGAUAUCGACCACAGAGGGACCAACAACUUGUACCAGGUCAAGUCAGGCAAUCCACUAGCCAAGCUGCACGGCUCCUCCAUUUUGGAGCGCCACCAUCUGGAGUUCGGGAAGUUCCUCUUGUCCGACGAGUCACUGAACAUCUACCAGAACCUGAACAGGCGACAGGUGGAGCACGUGAUUCACCUGACCGAUAUUGCCAUCAUCGCCACCGACCUCGCUCUUUAUUUCAAGAAGAGGACCAUGUUUCAGAAGAUCGUGGACCUGUCGCACACGUAUGAGGACGAGAAGAAGUGGGUGGACUUCCUGUCUCUGGAAACAACCAGGAAAGAGAUCGUCAUGGCCAUGAUGAUGACAGCGUGUGACUUGUCUGCUAUCACCAAGCCUUGGGAGGUGCAGAGCAAGGUUGCCUUGUCGGUGGCAGCAGAAUUUUGGGAGCAGGGCGACCUGGAGAGAACCGUAUUGGAACAACAACCCAUUCCCAUGAUGGACAGGACUAAAGCGGCGGAGCUCCCCAAGCUCCAGUGUGGUUUCAUCGACUUUGUCUGCACGUUUGUCUACAAGGAGUUCUCACGCUUCCACCCUCAAAUCCAACCCAUGUUGGACGGGAUCCUCAACAACCGGAAGGAGUGGAACGCCAAGAAAGAAGAGUAUGAGGCCAAACUCAAAGCCAUCGAGGACGAGAAGGCGGCGAGGCAGGCUGCCGCCGCCAGCAAAGUGGAUAACAGCGGCGGUGGGGGCUCCAAGACGUGCUCGCUAUGCUGAACGGUGAAGUUUGAUGAGCAAGGAUCAGAAUGUGAAACGGUCAGGAAUGUCCGGUAGGGGUUCUUCUGGUGCUCUGCAGAAAGGAGGUAUCUUUGAUUUAGUGUUACAUAUUUGGCCUGAGUAUAUUUGUGUAAGAUGCUUUUAUAUGUACAACAUGUAAAUACACCUCUGUCAUCAUGUAGUAGUAGUAUAAAUAAACAAAUACUGUAUAUUUAA